AGAUCCAAACCCAAAUUACCUAGCAGCUUUGUUGUACGAUUUUGGAACUUCGGAUGUGAAUGAACUCAACCCGCGAAGCGACUGCCGUCCCGCAAGAUUUUUAGCAUUGUCCGAUUGAUUGAUAUUUGAUAAUAAAAAUAGGGAGAGAAACGAAGAGGAAGCGACAGAAUCUUAGAUACUAAUCGAAAUGAAAAGUGGGGUUUCAGCUUCGGCUUCCUCGCCCAUUUUUCCUUCUUUGCCUUCGAAACCCAAAACCACCCAUGUUUUCUCUGCGUCCAGAUUAGCGUUUCCUCGUACCUUAUUUUGGUCAGACCUCAAGGUCCAAGGGGUUAGAUUUUCUACGACAAAGGGGUUGGUUUGCCGUAGCAACAGCAGGCCUGGUGAUACUGGUUCUGGUGAUAGUGAAAGCCGGAGUGUUUUGGAUGCAUUUUUCUUGGGAAAAGCUUUAGCAGAGGCAUUGAAUGAGCGUGUUGAGUCUGCAGUAGGGGAGCUUUUGAGUACAAUUGGUAGGCUACAAUCCGAGCAACAAAAGCAAGUAUUGGACUUCCAGGAAGAGGUACUGGAAAGAGCCAAAAGAGCGAAAGAGAAAGCAGCACGUGAAGCCUUGGAGGCACAAGGACUCACUACCAAGCCUGUUAAAGCAAACACAACGCCACGUCCUAAUGGUGCUCCUUUAGUUUCAGUAACUUCUUCCCCAACUUCCGAUGAUUUCGUUCCUGUGGAGCAAUCCUCAACACAACCAGAUACUACUGAUCAAGACCCUGUUUUAGGAGUAUCAGAUGAAGACUGAUAUCGUUGUCUUCUAGUGUGAGUGGCCGGCAGAUUGCGGUAGCCUUUCAUAUGAUAUGGUAGGUUUAUAUGGUGUAAAUGGCCGGCCUGCCUUUGAUCGAACAAUAUAAUAUAUAAUUAGCAUAAACAAUUUACAUGGGACAUUUCUUACAAUGUUUUCAUCAAGUUAAGCCCCAUUCACUUA